AUGCUGCCCUCAUCCAUAUCGAAAUUGUGCAGCGCUGCCGCUCGUUCGAGCUCAACAGCCGCUUUUUUCUCGUCUGGAGCAUCGAAUCCACGUGGCAGACGUGGACAAGAAAGAAGACAGCAUCAAGAGCAACGAUACAGUGGUGAUAAAACCAAUGGGGGAGGAAGAGGAGGUGGACGAUGGGCGAAAUAUGGGAAAUCAGCGACAACUGGGACCACUGCAGUACUCGCGUUGUCGUGGAUGACCACUAUCAAAGAUGUAUUGGGAAUUGAAAAGGUUCAAUUGGAUACGGAUCCGUUGAAGGAGAAGGUUAUACAGUCCUGGCUCUACCGGAAACGUCGUCAAUACGACGACGCGAUUCAAGUUCUUCAACUGGCGUUAGAAGAAGCUGAAGAGCGAAAAGAGGAGCUUCCAAUCACUCGAGUCUACGAUGAAAUGGCCAAUACCUACUAUGAAAAAUUGAAUUUCGACGAAGCGGACAAAUAUUUUCGAAUUGUCAUUCAGCGUCUCGUUGCGCUACACGGCAAAAAGGAUUUCGAUCCGGAAUUCAUCGGCGUCUCACUGAAGCUAGCUGAUAUUUUGGCGCAUAAAGGCGAUUUGGAGAGUGCGGAGAGCGGUUUCAAACAUUGUGUUCGGCGGCAAAUGAGAGUUAUGGAGGAGCAUAUGAAGAAGUUUAGUGUUGCUCACGGAGCCCUGGUCGAGGAUCGUCAUACUGUAGACACUUAUGGUGCCGUCUAUACUGAUCCGAUUGCUCUUUUCGGGAUGACUCUGGAAGCCUAUGCCAACUUUUUGAUCAAUUAUUGCGAAGAGAAUCGAUUGGCCGAGGCGGAGGAGUAUAUGGAUGAGGUGAUGAAGAUUUCGUAUCAGAUCUACGGAGCCAGCUCGGGACACACGAUCAAUAUGCUGAACAAUUUCGGAGCAACGUUGGUGCUCAAAAAUCGAUUCGAAUUGGCGAAAAAGUACCUAUCAAUUGGUGUGGAUCGUAUUCUCUAUGUGAAUGAAUGUGCUCAUAUGCUGCCUGGAUAUUACUGUAACUACGCGGAAGCUCUUUUCCAUACAGGGCAAAAGGAAGAAGCAGCGGAAUACGCUCGAAAAGCGGUCCAAAUGUCGCGAAGCGGUGAUGAGCGUCUUCGAAAAUACACUCAACAAUUUUUGAAGGAUCUCGAGAAGGAUUUGAAUAAGGGAAAACCCAAAUCGUGGUGGUUCUUCUAG